CGUCCAAGACCCGCAUGAUGCUCGCUCGCUCACCACGGUGCUAGCUUGUAAUCGGUUCUGAGCUUGUGCAUACCCUUACCAUCGGCCAAGCAUGUCGUCGUCCUCUUCAGGCCCGAGAGGCCCUUCAUCGGCGGUCCAAGUCACCUACACGUCAACCUCUUCCUUCCUCGACACACCUCUCUGCUCGCACAUCCUCUCGUCCAUCACAUCACAACUGCCUCUGCGCAAUGUACACCACCGCCCAUCAGCACCGACCAAUGCUGCAGUCAAGACUAUUCAGACACUGCCCGUCCGACUAGUCCCGUUGGCCGAUGAGCAGCUCAAGGCCAAGCACAAGCCCGAGACGAGACAUCUUGUUCAAGCCAACCUCCUGGAGAGGCCCUUUGUGCACGUAUUCCUCGUGGCUACAGCGGACAGUGAUGCGUACCGAUCGCACAUUCGUAACGAGAUUCGUACCUGGAUGAAUGAGCUCAAAGAGACGCCGACUCUUAAUGCGGUACCCAAGAGCAGCGGCACACAGCCUGCUUUGCCGUCAGGAGCCCAAGAUGACGAGAACGCUACGGCUGCAAGUAGCAGCAAAGACAAAGAAGAAGAAACUUCGCCUGAAUACCUCAUCGUCUAUGUCACACCGCCAGCGGGCGCAAGCGGAGCGACGGGUUCCUCGGGAGCCGGCUACUUUGAUCGGUCGCCCUCGUCGUCUUCCAACGCACUACCGGCUGGCACAGGCUCUCCUUCGACUCCGGCCAAGGAUGAUGCCACGACCAGCGCAUCCUCCGCCAAGACGGGCAUGGGGCGCUUUCUGUCAUCAUCGACCAGUUCAUCAAGCAAGGAUCCGACGGGAGGCGUCCUCGACAAGCUCAAGACGGACUUUGGAGGAGGAAAGAAGUCGGAGAGGAUCGUUCACAUUUCUCGCCUCCCCGCCUCGUCCAACUCUCACCUCACUCAAUUCGCAGACCCAACAAUCUUCGCCGACCUCCUUACAGCCUUGCGCCAAUCGGUCACGACGACAUUCGAUCUUUCCAUCAAGGCCCAACGCGAGGAAGCGGUCAAGCUCAAGUCCCUCCGCAGCGUACGCGGCUGGAACCCUGUCAGCGUCUUCGGCAAAAUCGAGUGUCUGGCAAACACGUACGAGUCCAUCGGCCUGCACGACGAGGCGCUGCGCUGUUUCGAGGAGCUCGACGAUCUCUACGAGGACUGCCUUAGGGAAGGAGAGCUUACCUGGUUCCCGUCCAUCACCCCGACGUCCCUCAGCGAAGGUGAAGACUCUACCUCCGUCCUCUCACCGACGGGCAAGCCCUACAGAGAGAUGAUUCUGCACAGCUCUGCCAGUCUUUGGGAGCUCAAGAAGUAUCUCCUGGCUCGCCGACUCAUGCUACUCAGCAAGAUGGGGCGCGGCCUUGCUGUCAUGCGCGAGGCAAUGGCUUGGCUAGCUGAGAUGCGCAGCAUGGUUGCCGGGCAAGAUCUGCCCCCACACUGCUUGGCUGCUUUCGCCAUCUCCGUCUGCCUGGAUAUCGUGCAUCACUGCCAGCACCUCUUUCUCUCCCCCUCGGGCGUGCUGACGCAUAGCUUGCCGGCUGCUACGUUCGAUGAUACGAUCAAGGCACGGACGACGGAGCUGGAUAGGCUUCCGGCCAGUUUCCACUCGCUCAGCGGAGAUGUCCUUGCUGUGGCUUUGGAUCAGGUGCAGAAAAUGGGCGUCGGCUUUCAAUAUCUGCCUGCGGCUGAGCCUUUCAUCACCGCUCAGGACGAGGUGGUGAAGACGCGCGAGACUACCGGCGUGACACGGCCUGAGCUUCUCAAAGCGGUCGAAGACGAGGAGAGCUUCGAUACCUUCUACACAGCUCUAGCCGAACGCGCGCUCGAUGCAUUCGCCCGCGGGGGUCGUAACAAGGGCAGACGCCGUCUCCAGAUCUCCCUCGCUACCCUGGAUCUUCACCGCAAUCGCGUCGAAAAGGCGCACAGCUCCUUCAGCACUCUUCUCGAAAGCUUCUCAGAGCGUACAACGGCCACUUGGCCCAGCAUUGAGCGCCUCCUCCUGCGUCGCCAGCUGGAGUGCCAUGCGAAGCUUGGCAAGCCAAAGAAUCGCGCCUGGGUGGCAAGCGUUGUGCAGCUGUUGCGCUGUAUGCCUUCUUACGGCAGGGACGGGAUCAUGGCAGCAGGACAGGAUCGCGGCCACGAGGAGGAUGAAUGGGCAGAUGAAGCUACGCUCUUCAGCAAGCUCCGCUCAGCCUCAAUGGACUUCGAGAAGGAGGUGCCCGUCUCCGGCUUCUCCAAGCUAAGCCUGAUUGCACCAGCAUCGUCACGCGCAACACUCUUGGAUGAGGAGGACGGGGUUCAACUGCCCAUCACGAUCUUCUCAUCACUCCUCACUGACCUGCAAGUGGACGACGCCCGCUUUUGCCUCGCAGGUGGAGGACAGAAGUAUCAGAGGGAACAGUACUGGCUUACCAGUGGAGGUAUCACGCUCAAGCCCGGCCGCAACGAGGUAAUUCUGCGGAGCAGCUCCAGUGCCCCUGGCAAUUUUGUGCUCGAUGUCAGUCAGAUUAGGCUGGGCCGCAUCGUCUUCCAGUACGUGGCACCCAAAUCUGCCCCACCACCUAGUAGCAGCAGCAGUAUGGCCGCUGCUACUGCCUUGACGCCCACGCUCGUGAAGAUCCCGCACGAUGGCGAGGCCCUUGAUGCGGUGUUGGAGCAGCCGAGCGUGAUUGCACUGGAUCAGCCUCGUAAUGCCCACUUGGUCGUGCGCAGUGGCAGAAAUAAGGUGACGAAGGCUACCCUGCGCGUGAAGCACAUUGCUGAUGCGAGACCGCUCAUGGGCUUUGCAGCGGGUGAGGCCGACAGCGGAUCUGCAGCUCGCGUCGAGCCAACAGAAGAUGAGCUUGGCCUGGAGCUGAGCAACGUCGAGCCGUGGACGGAGACGACAAUCGUCUUCCCGCUGGACGAAGCCCCUCCGGCAGACGGGUCCGCUAUGCCUCUCCUCAUCGACAUCGAGUACCACACUCCGUCCAGCAAGGCCUCUAACUCAGCAGCGACAACCAAACGUCUCUUCCGCAAAAGAGCCGACCUGCAUACCGCCCUCCCGCUGGGCGUAAAUGUUCAAGACUUCUUCCGGCUGGACUGCUUGAUGUGCAAGUUCUCAAUCAGUACAGGAGGAGGGUCCACGCUGAAGGUCAAGAGGGCGGAUCUUGUGCAGCAGAGCCAACAUGACGGUGCAGAGGUGGGAGCUGAGGAGAGCGAAUACUCAAUUGCUGGUCCGCCGCAGCUUGCGGAGGUGAAGAGAAGGGGAGCAAGCGUGGUCGUCACGCCCAGACAGCCUGUAGCGUAUGUCUUCAAGAUCUCGCGACGACCGGCGAAAAAGACAUCGAAGGGUCACGUGACCUCGAGCGGCGCACCAUCAACGUCUCUUCGCCUCUCGAUCGUGUAUCGUACCCUACACGAAGAUGCCAAGGUGCAAGUCGUCCGAAUACUGGACAAGCGGCUGGCAUCGGAGUCGUCUAUCUCACGAGGCACCUCGACCCUAUUGUCUCGCUCUCUGGCCGACUUCGUAGAUGAGCAGCUGGACACGGCGGCUUACGCGGCUACAGGGUCGAUUCGCUUCUACUCCCCCGACGGUGGCACCCAUACUCGGGAGUCUGUCCUUGCGCACUGGCGCACAAGCGUUCUCUCCCGACAAUGGGCCCUCUCGCCCACCUCAACUGAGGGCAAGAUGACUCUUGACGUUCUGCGGGAUGUGCUCACCUCUGCGGCACGAUGUGGUCCUUUGCCCACCAGUGAGGCUCCAGAGGCGGCGUGGCGCACCCUCGAAAUCCCGGUCGAAGUCCCGCAGAUGGACAUCGUCAACUCUGUGCGUGUCCUUCCUGCCACUCCUACGCCGGUUGUGGUGGGCCACCCACUUCCCGUCGAUGUACACAUCACGAGUACGCUGCAUUGGGGAUCGAGGCGUGGCGCUAGCGGCGCUGCACCUGUUGAUGACGCUGCCUCUUCUUCUUCGCUCGCGCUUCCAGGCGGUAGCAGACGACGCUCCUCCACGCCUUCGUCUCCCGUCACCGCCGGCGGGGGCGAAGCGGACACGGAUGCGGGGUCCGUAUUCGAGGACGCGGUCUCUGCUGCUGAUGGCGGUGGGUCGGACAAGACUGAGAAGGAGGACAAGCAUCCUGCCUCUCGAGACACUACCGACUCGAAGGCAGCCGUGGCCGGUGCAGAGGACAAGGCCAAUCAGCAGCGCAUGCACUACGAGAUCCAAGCAGACUUCGACUCCUGGAUCGUCUCUGGUCCUCGAAGGGGAGUCUUCCACCUCUCCCUCUCACCGCCUAACCCAAACACCACAAAGAAGACCAUCGCAUAUACUUCCCUCAUCCCACUCCGGUCGGGAUCCCUUUCCCUCCCCUCGGUAGCCGUUUGGCCCCUCCGAGCAGCACCUCUUGACAUGCCGCCGAGCUUGGCACAUGGCGGUGGGCGACGCGAUGACGGGAGAGACGAGGGUCAAGGAGCUCUGCCUACUUGCGAGACUUAUGUCGAGAACGUGGCGGAGAGAGUUCGAAUUGUCGACGCUGAGCCGAGCGAGGGCGAAGGGGAUGAGGUGGAAUGGGAUGCAGGGAGUCAGGUUGAGCAGACUGGAGAAAGCUUCAUGGCAAAGAGGGAGAGGCGGAGGGUCAGCAGGCGUGAGACGUUCUGUAUUGAUGCGACCGCAUUGACGGCGGCGUGAGGCGAUCGAAUUCAGCGGUGCGCUGGAUAUGCAAUGGACACCCGCUUCUUCAUCGUCAUUGCUCGCGUAAAGAACUCGAGUUUCUGAAUGUGCCGAUGUC